UAACGCCACCAUGCUCAUUAUGGGAACAGGUGUCGGGUCUGCAGCGACUCUGCUACUUGUGUGCAUAGCCAUGAUGAUGGAUGUCUCUGAAUCAGGAGCUCCUGACAACAGAGGAAUGUUGUUUAUUGUUGCCUUUGGAGAAAACAGCGGCAAAGAUUUGGACACAGAACUUUUUGUUACAACUUCUCGUACCACAACGGUAAAUGUACACGUAACAGCACCGCUUUAUACCGCGCAAACCAUUAAUGAGCAAUUUACUGUCACUUCUGGAUACGUUAAGCAGCUGCUUUUGGACAAUGAUUUGAGAAUGUUUGGAACAACAAAAAGUUUUAAAGGUAUCCAAAUAUCAGCGGAUGAUGAUGUAAUAGUCUACGGAGUAAACAAACAAUACUAUUCUUGCGAUGCUUAUCUCGCACUCCCGAUUGACGUACUUGGUGACGAUUACUACACGGUUUCUUGGUACCCGUCAUCAUAUCAUUGCCAGAUUGACAUCAUUGGUGUUGAAGAUAGUACCACAGUUACGGUGACGAUCUCAACCCACAUUGCUAACGACAAAAUAACAUUCAAUGGUCAGUCGUAUUACAGCGGUGAUGUACUAACAACAAGUCUGCAGAAAUAUGAAGUUCUUCAAUUACAGUCAUACGGCGAUUUGACUGGGAGUAGAAUUCAGUCUAAUAAACCGGUCGGAGUGCUUGGUGGAAAUCAGAGAACAAGUAUUGGUUCUGGAGGGUCCUCUGAUCACAUUGUAGAAAUGUUAACACAUGUAGGUACAUGGGGCAAAACAUUUAUCACUUGUCCAAUUCCUUUAAGAACAACUGGAGACUAUUUCAAAUUCAUUGCUAGUGAAGAUAAUACACAAGUGACAAUUUCUGGAGGUUACAGUUCAACAUUUACUAUCUCAAAUAGUGGAAAAUUUGUACAAAAGACAAUACCAUCUGGAAUAUACACCAAAGUCGUUGCAGAUAAACCAAUCAGUGUAUUCCAAUUCUGCUUGAGUGAACAAUCAAGCAACGAAGAGUCUGAUCCAAUGUUGAUGUUGAUACCUCCCAUGGAACAAUAUGGAGCAGAUUACACCUUCAGUACACCGAAAUAUUCAUACGGGUCAUACAACAGUAAAUUUAUGUUUAUCGUCAAAGAGAGCGAAAAAGCUGGUUUACUACAUAACGGUGUUGCAUUUCCCGGCUCAACUACAUAUCACCAGAUAGCAGGAACAGAUUAUGUAGCCGGCUACAUCAUCAUUCCAGAAGGUUCUCACGUUGUAAGACAUAGUUCACCUAUUUCUAUUUUUGGUGGCUACCUUUAUGGGCAGGCCAAGUAUGAAACCUACGGCUUCCCAACUGGUAUGAGGAUGGCCCCAAUCAACGAAAUUUGCGUACCAAGUUCAACAGUAGUAGGGGAUGGUGUAGAUAACGAUUGUGACGGAUUGAUUGACGAAGAGUUGUGUACAACUGAGAAUCAAGGUCAAGAUGAUGACGGUGAUGGAGUAGCUGAAGAAGAUUGUGCAACACCAUCACCAAUUAAUGGAGACUGGGCAAGCUGGGCUUCAUGGGGAACCUGCUCAAUCUCGUGUACUGCGUCUGGUGCGUCUGCAUCUGGAACGAAAACCAGAACAAGAACAUGUUCAAAUCCAACUCCAAAAUAUGAUGGACUACAAUGCACUGGUGAUAGUAGUCAGAGUACUUCUUGUACCAGCGCAAGCUACUGUCCAAUAAAUGGAGGAUGGAACAGCUGGGGAUCAUGGGGAUCUUGUUCUGUUACAUGUGCAAGUGGUACACAGACAAAGUCAAGGGCCUGCAACAACCCUUCUGCAGCUCACGGUGGUACUGAUUGUAGCGGUAGUACAACGGCGAGUAAAGCCUGCACAUUGAGCGCUUGUCCAAUUGAUGGCGGCUAUACUUCAUGGACAUCAUGGGGCCAGUGCAGUAAUACAUGUGGAGGCGGAACUCAGGGUAGAACUAGAAGUUGUACAAAUCCUACUCCUCAAAAUGGUGGUGCAACAUGUUCAGGAUCAGCAUCAGACACACAAAGCUGCAACACGCAUAAUUGUCCAAUUAAUGGUGGAUAUACAUCCUGGACAUCUUGGGGUACGUGUAGUGUAACAUGUGCAGGUGGAACCCAAGGAAGAACCAGAAGUUGUACAAAUCCUGCUCCUCAAUACAAUGGCCUCUCAUGUUCUGGAUCAUCCUCAGACUCACAAAGCUGCAACACUCUUAAUUGUCCAAUUAAUGGUGGUUAUACCUCCUGGACAUCUUGGGCUACUUGUAGUGUAACGUGUGGUGGUGGAACCCAAGGAAGAACCAGAAGUUGUACAAAUCCUGCACCACAAUAUAAUGGUCUAUCGUGUUCUGGAUCAGCCUCAGACUCACAAAGCUGUAACACUCAUAAUUGCCCAAUUAACGGUGGAUACACAUCAUGGUCCAGUUGGGACACUUGCACAGUUACAUGUGGUGGCGGCACUCAGGACCGAACCAGAUCAUGUACCAAUCCUGUACCACAAUAUGGUGGAUCACAAUGUUCUGGAGCUGCGUCUGGUCAACAGUCCUGCAACACACAUCAUUGUCCAAUUGACGGUGUAUGGACCAGUUGGAGUAGUUGGGGAACAUGUACCGUAACAUGUGGUGGAGGAAGUCAAGACAGGACUAGAUCUUGUACAAACCCAUCUCCCCAGUACGGCGGUGCUGACUGUGUUGGUGUCACCUCAGAAACACAGGGAUGUAAUACACAAUUAUGCAUAAUUGAUGGAGCUUGGUCAUCUUGGGGGUCCUGGGGAGGCUGUUCAACUACCUGUGGUGGUGGAAAAUACUCGAGAGCAAGGACCUGCUCUGAUCCUAGACCACAGAAUGGAGGAUUACCUUGCAGUGGUGACUCAAGCGAAUUUGGUGAUUGUAAUACUAAUGCGUGUCCAGUUGCGUCUGCAGGACAAUACGUUCAGCUAUGUCCAAGUGGUUGGUUUACCUGCUAUGGAGGUAGUGUGUCAUGUAUCGAUGAAGCGUUUGUUUGUGAUUGUGACAAAGAUUGUGACGAUGGUAGUGACGAGACUACAACAUAUGCUACCUGUGAUGCUAAUGUUUUAGCAACGUGUCCAAGUUCUGCGCAUAUGACCGUAUCUUUCCCGUUGACGACUCUGCUGUUCACUGCUGUUUCAAUUGUAACGGCAUGGUGUGUGUUGAAGAUUUAAAUAGACAGUUGGUCAACUGACCAGUCAUACACAGCGCAAAUGCAAGCCAUCAUUGUUAUAUUUAAACUAAAUUAAUCUCAUCAUAAUUACAUAAAAAACAUUAUUUCAUUUGUCAUUUGGUUUUUGAUAUUCAUGUUGUUAUAUUUGUUUUAUCAGUAUUCAGUUUUUUAGCGUUUAAAAGUGUGGUUGGCAAUAUAUAUUCAUCGUUUCUUUGUAUAUUCUAAAUAAACAAAGUCUACAGUGAA